AUGAGCCGCCAAGAUAAGCACUUUACUGCCGACUGGGACAGCUUUGACGGCGACGAUGGCAGCGACUACUAUUCGGAAGAAGGAGAUUUCUCUCAAGACAUGUCGGUGGGAACGGAUCACAGUCCAGUGGAUGUAGCGGCAUUCCCUUCCUCCGUCAAGACGGCGAUGUCGAUUCGACAAGAAUUCGAGAGCGCCAAGUCCAUGGAGCAAAAGAUAGCAGCACGAUUAUCGCUUCCUUCUACCAAUAGACGAAGCACAAUCAGUGGAACCGCACCUGCCAAAACUAAUCGAUUGCCCAAAAAGAGCCGGUCAUUAGAGGGCGCUGCCAAAAAGGCUGUUGCGGCUCUGGCAUCUCAAACCCCAGAGGAUCGACGAUUGGUACGACGAACUAAGAGUGACUUGAAACCGAGAGGAUCCCGCGAAUCAGAAGAAGCAGGACCACCACGACGAGGCCGACGCCAUGGCGGUCGUCGUACUGGUACUAGUAGCGUGGAGCACAGCAACAAUAGCAGCAGCAACAGCAACAACGACAACAGUAGUCCUCGCAAAAGCCCUCGCAAAAGCAGUCGGCGACAAAGCGGAGCCAAGAAGGUAGAAGAGAGUCCCUUGGAGCGAGCGCAACGAAUCAAGGAACUCAGUCUGGCGUUCCAAGCAGCAACCAUGCUAGAGAAGAGCAUAGCACCCAAAACUGAACACCUCAAGAAAGAUGUCCUCAUGUGA